UCCAUAAAUAAAGAGGAAGUAUUACAUCACGUGACUUGAGCUGACGUUUUGCAUCAUGGCGGCGUCUGAAGCAGUUGCAGAAACAUCAUUCAUGGAUCCUUUUAAAGAUGUUCUGGUUAAUUAUUUAAUGCCAGAAAGAUGUUACGACGAGUUCUUUUUACAGUUCAAUCUUCUGCACGUGGAUUGUCUGAAGAUUGUGAUCAGUAAAGGCCUGGGCAUUGGGAUCAUCCUUGGUUCUGUAUUAGUAAAGCUACCUCAGAUUCUAAAGCUGGUUGGUGCUAAAAGUGCUGAGGGCCUGAGCUUUAACUCUGUACUGCUAGAGCUGUUUGCUAUCACAGGCACCAUGGCCUACAGUAUUGCCAACAACUUCCCUUUCAGUUCCUGGGGUGAGGCACUUUUUCUCAUGUUUCAAACUGUGACCAUUGGUUUCCUCAUACAGCACUAUGGAGGAAACACCAUCAAAGGUUUGGGGUUUCUGGUAGUCUACUUUGGACUGUUGGUAGUCAUCCUCUCUCCCAUAACCCCCAUGUCUGUUGUCACUACCAUGCAAGCCUCUAAUAUGCCAGCCAUCAUCUUUGGACGGUUAAUUCAGGCUGGUACCAACUACAGAAAUGGCCACACUGGGCAGCUGUCAGCUAUUUCAGUGUUUCUGCUGUUUGCAGGCUCUCUAGCACGCAUAUUCACUACAGUUCAGGAAACAGGAGAUUCUCUCAUGGCUAUCACCUACAUCAUCUCUUCUUGCUGUAAUGGUGUGAUCACAGCUCAGGUUCUCUACUACUGGAACAGCAGCAGUUCCCUCAGGAAGAAGACUGAGUAGGUCCGAAUGAAAGGCAAAUUCAGUGACCACCCAAGUCAACCAAGUGCACUGGACAGCCGACUGGGGAUCAGAUGUAUCCUAAUCAAAAUGACGGUUCUUGUAAAAUUGAACUCUUUUCAGUUGUUAAAUGCAUUUAUUGUUAACAUAUCAGUUGAAUACUGUAUAAUUGCACACAUUCGUGUAUUCCAGGUGCCCUGAAGUGGACCAAAAAGCCAGUAUGGUGAGGGGUCCUUCUAUAAUUGUCGAUUUUUUUUUUUUUUUUUCCCCCAUCUUUUUAUUCCUUUUUAUGGUAGUGUGCUAUUUAAUUAGGCAAUUUUUGGACCAUUUUCUUAGCUCAGGGAAGGGAGAAGUGUCCAUAGUAUUCUUGCAUUCAACUAUAAAUUUACAAACAUAUGUAUUAAAUCAUUAUGUAUAAUUACUGGCAUACUGUCUGACCUGGCUCACUGCAUAUUCACUAAAACCCAUGUAGCCAUUUUGAAUUCAACAACAAAUCUGAAAAAUGUCUACCUAGGUUUUGUAAACAUGAAUUCCAGAUUUGUAAAAGUGACCGAAUUUGUACCAAAUAAGUAAAUAAAAUCCAUACUCGCACAUAUGAAAAAAUGCACAUAUGAAAAUAUGUCAUCAUGUGCUAAAGAACAUCAUAGGGAGAGUAUUAUCCCUACAGGGGAUCGGUUUCCUGUUCCGUGUAGACAAAUCCAACUAUAUUGACACUAUUUCUUCAAGUACCUAGAAAUGCUCAUGUUGAUUAAACCCUACAAAAGUCAUUUUCUUUUUCUUUUUUUGUGUGUUUGACAAAAUAAAGGUUUUUCUUUAGGUAAUACAUGGAGACUAGUAAAUACUGUUGUAUUUCUUGCAAUGUCAUGCAAUAGUAAUAGCUGUCGAGUGUCAUCAUGACCAAAUGGAACUGGGUAAAAUAAGAAAAAUUUACUACAAAGCACUUUUUUGUUUGUUAUAGAUGGUAGAGUUCAUCCAUCAAAUGCAAGUUGUUUCAAGCUGUCCACAGGUAAAAGGAACAUUUAAUUUAAAUGAUAGACAUUGCAUAUUUGCACACAUUAAAUUUGUGAAUUCAUUUUCCUUUUUUGCUUGAAAACAUCUAUUGUGCAUUGCUCGUUUAUUUCAGGAAUGAAAUUUUACAAAUGGCUGUGAUUAUGGGUUUUUUCAUAUCUAAAGUUGCAAUGUACUUUUGAACGUUGAGUAAAACAUUUCCAUCAGAUAAGUUGGUGUUUAUUGAUCACUGUUCACAAAGCAUUUCUUUUAGCCUUAAAAGCUUCAAAAAAGACAGUUGUAGAAAAAAAACUUUAAAAUAAACUGUUUUAUUCUUGUUUUAA